CUUGGCAUUUUCCAUACCUUUCGUCUCUGAUCUUUCUCUUACCUUCAUGGCUAUGGCAGAACUGAAAGUUGUCCCUGACAACAGAAAAAAGAGGAUAAUAAUGCUCCGGUUCAUGGCACAUGGCCAUCUCAAUCCUUUCAUGGCGUUAGCAAGAAAGCUAGUCCAACGAGAAAAUUGCACCAUCACCAUUGUCAAUACCCCUCUCGACAUCCAAAAACUCAAAUCCUCAUUUCUUUACCAUUCCGAAGCUAACAUGUCUUUUGCCGAAGUUCCCUUCAAUACCGCAGAGUAUGGCAUCCGGAGGAUACAGAGAACACAGAAAAACCCCCCCAUGAACUCUUUGUCCGUUUCUUUGAAGCAUCUGCAAAUCUCGAGGCCCCCUUCAGGAAGCUUGGUCUGGCUAUGGUAUGGGGUUCACUUUUCUCUUUCACUGAACAUAAGCCAAAUUGAGAGUGGGGAAGAGUUCUCACUUCUUGAUUUUACUGAGGCCUUGAGACUUCACCAGAUCCAACUAGGGAGGGAUCUCAAGUAUGUAGACGAUGCAGUCUCUUUCUUCUCUCCUCGGAAGCGGCAGUUCUUGUUCUGUUUGAGCUCUGAUGCAAUUCUGUUGAACGGCAUAGAGGAAUUGGAUAAAAUGGGGGCAGCAUAUUUUCACCGGAGAAUGGGAGGGAGGCCUGUGUACAUGAUUGGACCUGUUUGUUCUUUCCCCAAGAAAGAAGUUUCAAGUGAUUUUUCUGCAUGGCUGGAUCUUCACCCACCAAGGUCGGUUCUUUAUGUUUGUUUUGGAUCACAAUUGACCAUCUUACCUUCACAGAUGAGAGAAUUGGCAAAGGGUUCGAAGGAAAGUGGUGUGGCAUUUAUAUGGGUCAUCAGGCCACCUUUUGGAUUCAGUGCGACCGCAGAAUUCGAUCCAGAAUGGGGUUCCUAUCAUUGGCUGGCCUCUGGUGGCAGAGCAGUCUUCAACUCCCAGUUCCUGGAAACGGAAAUGGGUGUUUGCUUAGAAAUGGCUCGAGGGAUCGAGUCGGCAACGGUUGGCUCUGCUCAUGUUGCAAGAAUAAUCAGGACGGUGAUGGGCCGAACAGAUAUGGGGUUGGAGAUGAGUAGAAGGGAAGGAGAAAUUCAAAAGAAAAUGGAAGGGGCAUUCCAACAAAGAGAUGGUCUUAAGGGAUCUUCUGUUUCUGCCAUGGACGACUUCCUCAGCACAGUUAAGUAAUACCAACAAAAAACAUCAGAACAACAAAGUACCUUGGCCUAGGCACACACAGAGUGAAUAAACAUCAGAACAACAU